AUGUGUAGCUGUUUUGUUGGUAGUGCAGGAGGCUUUAUGAGUACAUUUGUUCGCAACUUUAUUGAAUUCACAGCUGCAAGGUUUGUGAUGGGUAUGUCUUAUGACACGUGUAUGAUCCUGGCAUAUCUUCUUAUUUUGGAAUAUAUUGGUCCAAGAUAUAGGACAUUAUUGGCGAAUAUGUCUUUUGCUAUAUUUUAUUCUCUGUUUGUAACAGCAUUACCUUGGAUUGCUCUGCUUUGUGACCAUUGGAAAACUAUUUCUCUAGUAACCAGUUUACCUUUAACUUUAGGAGUGUUAACAAAAUUAUUUCUACCAGAAAGUCCUUUGUGGUUGAUAUCUAAAGGACGAGUGGAUGAAGCCAUUGACCAAGUUCAAGUUAUUGGUCGAAUUAAUAGAAAAAAUGUGGAUCCAGAGUUAAUAACAAAAUUUAAAAAAUCUGUAAAAGAGGUGACCCAUGAGGAAUAUCAAAACUUAUUUGAGAUCUUUAGAAGACCCAUUUUAAGAAAAGUUUUUGUUUUAAUUUGUUUAGAAUAUAUGUGCUGUACUUUAGUGUUUGAUGGACUCGUAAGAAGCAUUGGACAGUUAGACUUCGAUUUCUUUGUAUCGUUCUCGGUAAUAUCGUUUACAGAGUUCCCUUCGGUACUCAUAGUAGGAUUCAUUAUGGACUACAUGGGAAGAAGAUGGCUGUGUACUGUGUUUAUGGCCAUAAGUGGUUUGUUUUGCGUUCUAAUUUUAUUUGCCAAUGGAGCACUAACUGUUAUUUUUGCUAUCAUAGCACGAUUUGCUGUAAAUAUGAGUUAUAAUGCCUCUAUACAGUGGGGUCCGGAGCUUUUGCCAACUUCAGUGAGAGGGUCCGGUGUAGCUACCAUACAUAUUUGUGGAUUCAUUGUUUCUUUUCUAUCACCAUACAUUGUGUAUCUAAAAAAUUAUUUCCACUGGUUGCCUCUUACAGUAAUAGGUGCCAUUGCUGGACUUGGAAUGAUGUUACCAUUAGCAUUGCCAGAAACGACUAUGACAGUCAUGCCAAAAACAUUUGAAGAUGUAGAAGAGCUGACUAGAAAACAAAAUCUUUGGAAACUGCCUUUCAUGGAAUCAAGAAAAGCAAACGAAAUGAAUGCAGGAAGGAAUACCUAA